CAAAUUUCGAAACAACCCUCUCUUUUUCGCCCUGCUCUCAUUCUAGCCGUUGUUUCCCGACUUUCGCUCUUCUGCCACCCAGAGAAAAAUCAGAGAUAACUCCUCGAUCCUUCUGCUGCGAUUCUCCGCUCAAAUUAGGGUUUCGAACAGCGAUAUCGUCUUCAACAUUAGCGCUUGAUUUUCUGAGAUGGCUUCACUAACUCCGGCUGUUCUUCAAAACGAGAAUCUACACAUCCAUAGAGGAAAAAGUUUGGAGGGGGGUAAGACCGGUGCUCUUCAAAACGAGAACCUACACGUUCAUAGAGGAAAGGGCGUCGAGGGUUUGAAGCAUGAACUGCCGAAGCCUGUGAAGAAUCGUCAAGAACGAAAAGCGCUGAGGGAUUUGUCACAGGCUCCGAAGCCAUUGCAUCCUGCUCUAAAAGAGAAAUCUGGGCUAACUAUUCUAAAAGACAAAGCCCCCACUCGGGAGACUGCCAAGAAGGCACCAAAGAGAAAUAUUCUGACUGAUGAGGAGAUAGCAAGGUGCCAAGAAUGGGCUAAGGAGGGAAUUGAGCAUAUGCAUUUUUCAGGAAAUGACAUGCGAAAGCUUGAGGCCCAACAGCAAGAAGAACGUGUAAGGAAGAAAGUCGAUAAGGCAAUGGCUGGUUUGCGUGCGUGGACAGAUAUGACCUUUGGGCUAGAAAUUCCGGUUAAGGAAAUUCCAUCGGACACUGAAGAUAGCUUGAAGUUGGAGUUUGAGGAAGAGGUGCUUCCUCCUAGUCCCAGAGUCAAUGCUCACUCAAAGUCAGGUUAUGAGAAUAUUGAGGACCUCUUUGAACUCGACGACUCCCUGUACUUUGACCAGCAAUUCGAGCUCAAGCUGAAGGAAGAAGGAUGCGAGUGAUGUUGCUUGCUUUUAAACGAGUUCUGAUUAUGUUGUGUAAGUUUUAAGUCCAGGUACUGUAGCAGAUCAGAGUGGUCGCAUGUUGUUAAUCCGCUUGUUUUAGUUAUUUACCUUUUAGACACUUUGCAGGCAUGGGUUAGUUCGUUAUGAUGCUAACUUGUGUGACAACUUGUUUGCUGCUAUUAACUGAUGAGCGUGCGUUGCUUUGUUCAGCUAA